AAAUAUUGUCCGGCUUUAAAGGAGUUUGUCGCAAGAAAAACAAAACUAUUUCUUGAUAAUAAAGAAUGGAUUAUCGAAAUUUGUGGCAACGAUGUCAAAAAAAUGGUUGAUCCGGUUAUUGAAAGAAUUAUCCAACUUGCUCGCUUACAGCUUAAAAAUUGUAAUGACACAUGCUCAGCAAUAUUUAUGGAAAGAAUUAGGAAAGAAUUUAAAAAUGACGUCAGAUGUAUUUCAGUACCUCCGGAACCUGCCUCAGCAAUAGUUAAUGGCGCGGUUGUGUAUGGUCUACGCACAAAUACAGAUUCAUCACAAUGCAAUGUAAAAAUGCCUUUUUCUAAACCGAUCAUCCUUAAUCGUGUGCUUAAAUACACGUAUGGAACUGAUGUACUGCUUUCGAAUGAGUUUUCUAUUUUAGCUAAUAGAGG